AAGCGGCCUAGGAUGGCGGUGGAGCUGUGUGGAGCCCGGCCAGCUCAUCCCAGGUGGCUCGGGUGUGGGGCCUGACGUGGAGCUGAGAGAGAGGAGAGGCAGAGCUCCUAGUUUCAGCUGAAUUGGUCCAUGGGAAAGAGGAAGCUGAUCCUGAGCGGAGGGUCCUGACCCUCACCCUUGACCCAAAUCCCUGCCUUCACAGCACCAUGGCUGCCAUCGCAGGAUACAGCUUGACCAAGAGGCCACUGGGGCAACACCCGGACUGUGACACCAGGUUGCACAGAAGCCCCUCUCUCCUUCCUUCUCGAAGGCCUGAUUCUGAGGAGAUCACAGUGAGGAGGCCGAGAGGGUGUAGGACACAGCCAUUCCCUCUGUCUCCUGGAGGACUCAACCCUGUGGAGCAACCCUGCCCAUGAAACUCCCCAUGGGGCCCAGGAGAGGCCGAGAUGCUGUCAGGGAGAUGGAGGAACCUUUUCUUCACCUUGCACAGGAGGCAGACCUCACCCACUGCCCAGCAAUCCCCUGAGGCAAGAGCGGGGCCUGAGGCAAGUCCAGCUCACACCCUGGCCGGGGACAGGGAUGGGGCAGGUGGGGAAGGCUCCUGCUUGAGCAAUUGCAUCAGGCCCAGGCUGAGCAUAAAGGAGGGUCCUGUGGGCUGGGAGGAGGCAGACUCGGGGACCAUGGAGACCCAGAGGGCCAGCCUCUCCCUGGGCCGCUGGCCACUGUGGCUACUGCUGCUGGGACUAGCGGUGCCUUGGGCCAGCGCCCAGGCCCUGAGCUAUAGGGAGGCGGUGCUUCGAGCUGUGGAUCGCCUCAAUGAGCAGUCCUCAGACCCCAAUCUCUACCGCCUCCUGGAGCUGGACCUGCCGCCCAAGGCUGACGAGGACCCAGAUGCCCCGAAGCCUGUGAGCUUCACGGUGAAGGAGACCGUAUGUCCCAAGAGGACACAGCUGCCUCCGGAGCAGUGUGACUUCAAGGAGAAUGGGGUGGUGAAACAGUGUUUGGGGACAGUCAACCUGUACCAGCUCAGGGACAACUUCGAUAUAACAUGUAAUGAGCUCCAAAGUGUCGGGUUAUUUGGCCCGAUUCUUGGUAUCGUCCGUGCCGGUGUGAAAUUGGUUCUAGAUAAGUUUGGCAAAUAAUCGGAUAGAUUGGUGAUAAAAUUCGCCCAGGGUAGAGUCCUAAUGAUCACCUAACUCUGGCUCAGUUGUUCAAACUCUGGAAAUAAAUUCUUAUGAAUUUCAAA